ACGCGCCAAACGUAUUUACAUUCCUUGUCAUGUGCGCGUGCGAUGUAAACUGCUGUUUUUACAAGCAACUUAAACUCAUCCUUCUCUCUCGAUAUUUGUACGAUACUUGUAUUUUUUAAAUGUCUUUUAGCUCAUGCAUUCCCAUAUUCUCUACUUUGUACGAAUAUCUUUAUUUCCACUUGUAUACCCCUUAUUGUUUAGUCGGACGCAUUUGACGAGUCAAAUCACCCUAAAUAGCUCUAAUAAGAUUGUUUACUCGCAAUAUAACACGAUGCCUAAAAAGGACAAAACGAGCAAAAGCAAACCAAAGCAAUCGGACACACCGCCCGGCCCGGUUACCAAAGUUAAAGACGGUGAAAUUGCUAUCGCGAUACAUGCCAAACCCGGGGCCAAACUGAAUGCAAUCACAGAUGUCUCUUCGGAGGCGGUUGGUGUCGCCAUUGCCGCACCACCGACAGACGGAGAGGCCAAUGCAGAGCUGGUGCGCUAUUUAUCCAAAGUCCUGCAGCUGAAGAAGAGUGAAAUAUUCAUAGAUAAGGGCUCCAAAUCCAGAGAAAAAAUCAUCAAGGUGACUGCAGCUGUCUGCCAGGAAGAAAUCCUAGAGAAACUGAAGAGAGAGGCCACUGGAUGAUAUUGAAAUGACUUUGAUUUUGUUUGAGCAGCACGAUCCAGGUUAUCUUUAACCCAUGGUAAAAAAAAUCACUGACAUUUUCUGUAUGUCACAGUUUGCACCUUGAAACCAUGAGGUAUCAUAUUCAAUCAAUUGUCCAUGUAUAUCAAAUAAAAUGUAAUAUUAUUUGUCUAAUUAGCAGUUUCAAAUGAUUGUGCAUAUUUGUGUGUUGUAAUUAUGAUGCAAUACUGAGACGCAAACAUGGUUAUAAAAAGUUAAUGAGUGGACAAUUAUAAUUUUAUAAAAGUGUUACAGUAUUAGGCUACAUUGUAAACAAAAUUUACACUGCUUUCAGAAAUUAAUUUUUUACACCGCAGUGAAUUUUGGAAGUCAUUAAAUUUCAAGGCAAUUAUCCUGCCUUUUUAAAAAACUGUUUAUUGACCACAACAGCACCUGAGGUCCUCUACCAGUGACAAAUGUGUUCAUUAAGGAGAACCUAAUGAGCAUAGUUAUCAGACAUUUUCUAGUCAAGGGCUAGAAUCCCAUCAGUGGAUUAUUCGAAAAGUCUGAGUCUUGAGUUUCUGCUUUAGUAUUCAGGUUUCAAUAAUGCAUAACUGCAUAGAUGUGUUCUGAAUUAUAUGAUACUGCAUUAGCUUUAAUGCAGAACUUUUGGUUAUAGUAAGUGGACUACACUUAGUCAUGUUUGAAAAGAUAAAUGUAUUCUACACACAGCAUGAUUACCUCUAUGAUACACAAGCAUUUUAACAUCACACACAGACAUUUUACUGCAAAAUCAGACUUUUUUGCAUCUCAUAUCAGCCACGAGCUACAAAUGAUGCUUGAAAAGCAAGUAAAUAAUUUAUAUAAAUUAAAAUGAGACAUGAAGCAGUAUUGUUUGUUUUUGUUUUGCUUACUGGGGUUUAGAUCAAAGUCGAGAUUCAAAUUCCAAUUUAUUUUACAAUGAAGUAACAUUUUAAUGUACCUCCACCAUUAGGAGAGAGGGAAAAGGGAAAAC